UCGAAGCUCAUCGGUCGUUUCGUCAUCGUAAUAACGUAUUAAUAUUUCAUACGCAGCCGUUUCGUGAAUCAUCUUCGUCGUCGUCAUCUGCUGAUAAUAGAUCUGAAACGUGCAAAUAACGUUACACUCAGCUUUCACUCAGUGCAACACCGUUCGGGUGUGUGUGUGUGCGCGAGUGCGUAAUGUCCGAAACGGGUAAAAAUCAAAUUUGGCCCCGCUCGCGCACAUGAACAACACUUAUGUCAUCGUAAUGAACAACACGGUUAUAAUGCCUAACAUGACUAGCUUAUUAUUAUGUGCACGUGUGAAUUCGUGAUUAAUUUUUUUUCGGUAAAGUUGACGAGUGCUUAUAAAAAAACGUAUGUAAAUUAAACAUUUCGUAAAAACAUCGAAAACACCGGACUCCCACUCAAAUGACAUGAUGAAACGCGGUUUGAUCAGAACGGAUCGAUUGUGGUGCUUGUUCCUGAUUCUUGCAGUUUUUCGAGUUGCAGGGUCUUGUUCGAAAACCAUCAACCAGGUCAAAUUACCGAUACCAACCAAGGAAACCCUACCGCAAGUAGCUGAAGUGUUGAAGGCGGCCGCGUACUUGGACGAUAACGAUGGAUUGGAGAAAAACUUUGAAGGACAGCGGAACAGUUAUAAGAGGUCGCCCAGAAAGCUGGGAACCGAUGCUCUGGACAAGGGUUUGGAACAACAAGAAUAUCAAGGAGUAGUGGGUCGUCCCGGCGUUGACUUUCCAAUACUGCCUUCAAUACCUCAAACGGAUUUCAGUUGUAAGAAGGUGAAGAAACCAGGAUACUACGCGGAUCCCGAGACCGACUGCCAGGUGUUCCACAUUUGUGACAACGGUAGAAAAGUAUCGUUUUUAUGUCCAAAUGGUACGGUUUUCCGCCAAUCGCAUUUGAUUUGUGACUGGUGGUUCCGAGUGGACUGCGAGAGAUCAAUCGAGUUGUACGAAGAGAGUGCGGAACAACUGGCGUCUGACCAAAGAGUUUUUCGAGAACGUUCAGAAGCGUUGACCAAAGCCAUGUUGAAAGUACAGACAACGCAAAAAGCAGAUGAUCGCGUUGUAACGGAACGUUCAUUCGGACCGAGCACGACAAUUUUCAAUUCGGAAAGCCGGCUGCCCGAACGGGCCAGAUACUUCGAUGGAUUUUCGAGGGACGAAAACCAAGUCCCCGCUGAAACGGCUUCAUUCGUCGGCAAUCGAUAUCAGAACAAUUUCAAUAACAAUUUCCAGUCCAAAACGCCUGUAAACAACUGGAACCAAGGUGACUUCCAACCCGAUAGUUAUCGAACACAAACCUCACCGACGACCGCUCAACCGACGUGGAACCAACAACACGGUGCCAACAACAAUUACCAAAGCAAUUCUUAUCAAGCUCAGUCAACGGGUGCGCCGGCGCAGGCCACUUGGAACCAAGCUGCCAACGGCAAUAACUAUCAGAGCAAUUAUUAUCAAACCCAGUCCACGACCGCAGCAGCGCCUGCCUGGAACCAGGCAGCAAACGGCAAUGGUUACCAGACACAGUCUACUACGGCCGCGCAACCGUUUUGGAACCAGGUUGCCAACAACAACUACCAAAGUGGGUCAUAUCAAGCGCAGUCAUCGACCAUUGCACCGCAACCGUCCAACGCUCAGCCCGGUAACAAUUUCCAAUCCGAUUACCGACCGCAGUUCACCGCAGACGGUCAGUACGUUCAGAACCAAGUUGUAACCGGUUCGCAAACGACUUAUCAGCAACAACCCACUACCGCUGCCGCGUCGCAGACAAACUGGAGUCAGGACAGCAUUAACUAUCGACCUGAAGGCUAUCAGACCUCGUCUACGACCGUUGGAGCCCAAACCAACUGGAACGGCCAAAGCACCAACAGUUUCCGGACGGAAAACAAUCAGUACCGUUCGCCGACGACAGCGCAGACUACCGUUUGGAAUCAAAGCAAUAACUAUCGAAAUCCAUCCACGACAGACGGAACCCGGACCAACUGGGACGGUCAAGGGGUCAACGGUUUCCGAACGGAAAACUAUCAGACGUCUUCGACCGUGACGCCGAGACCAGUGGCAGUGGGCUUGGACGAGCAGGGCCAACAAAAACGGGUGACGACCGCCGUGCCGCAAAUCGAUUGGAACCAGGCGGUGAACAACGUCCAGACAACCGGUUACCAGCAACCGGAAUCGGUGACGACGGUGCAACCGGACUGGGGCCAAGAGUUCUCCGAUACCGUGCAGCCGUCACAGCAGCCGACCACGGUAGAGUACGAGCAGACCACGCCGCCGGCCAAAGAGAGCCAAGUGCUCGCCGAAUCCGCUUCCUUCGUGGGCAACUCGGCUCGGUUCAAUUUCCGACCGGAGAACUAUUACGCGCAGACAAACCCACCACAAACCUCGUGGCCGGCCACCAGCUCACCGUUAGCCAAUGACUAUUCACCGAGCGGCGCUUUCUCGUUCGUCGAGUACCAAAGGUCGCCCGACGCGCCUGUCGCCGGAAACGGCCCGACCCAAGCCCCACCGGUCGCUACCGCGGUGUUCGAUUACAGUAAUUCGACGUCACCGCCGUCGUCCGGCGAGACGCUCAUCCCGAAUAUGAUCAACUCGUUGCAAACACUGACCGACAACAAUCUGAUAUACGACCUGGACGGACAAAACGGUUACCCGUCGCAAGCAAACAACGACGACGAUUUGAAUUCCGUGGCUGUAUAUUUCAACCGGUUAAGUACUCCACAAGCGUCUACUAUCGCUAGCGAUCUGCAGUUCAAUGAUAUGGAACAAACGUCUAGAUCGUAUUCCAACGGUGUCAGUUCUGCUGGUCCCGUCGAGGCUACUACACCGAUGGAAUCCCUACACAUACCGGCGGUUUUGACGCAGAACACGAAAGAAGCGUACGACAAGCUCUUCAAAAACGACACUAAUAAGGAACCGACCGUCACUAUUGCGUCAUCGAACUCCGGUACAACCACUACGCCCAGACCUAACGAUUCGGCAAACGUUGGAUUUGCUCAGGGAUUGAAUUUAAACCGUUCGCCAGCAGAGUUAAGGGAACUCGCCGCGGUAUUCACACGUGCUCUAACUUCGUACUUGGACGACCCGGAGAACUUCCGUAAAAUACUGGCUGAGGUAAGGCCAACCGAACCGCCGAGUGUGAAGACUACCGUGACGGAAGAACAAGAAGUCUUGGACUUUUCGGAUGACUCGAAAAGCCAUCGGAGUAAGCCAACGGAACCGAGCUCAACGAGUCCGAAUUUGGCAGCCGAAAUCAAUCACAUGCCACACAGUAUUAAUGCGCUGGCCGACUUGUCGACCACGAUUCCGCAAUACACGUCAUCACCGUUAAUAGACAUCACGUCAAAGUAUACAGAAAUACCGAACGUCGCCGGUCUACAGGAGUAUUCACCUCCCGAGGACAGCGAACAGUUACAAGUAGCCGGAAGUCAAUCGUUUUUUUCAAGCAGAGAUAACAUCGUUGAGACGGCGAAAACUCUCAAACCUGCGGCAACCUCUACAUUAACAUGGACAGUGUCACCUAUAAUAGACACUGAACCGGAAGUAAAAGGUACAACUCAAUCACCUGUGUACUUCACUACCACCGCGGAAAAUUUAGAAACUACCGUCAUUGUACAGAGGGCUAAAGAAAUGUUCAGCCAUUUGAACGCAUCUGACGCUGGGAUGUUGAUGAACGUUAUGAAUACUGCUCAAGCUAAUGAUACAGUUAGAAGAUUAGUUUUACUGUUGGUCAACGACCCAAACAAGGAAAACAGCCCGGAGCAGACUAGAAACAAUAUAAUCGAAGCACUACUAGACAACAGAGGUUCUGAUAAAGUAUACGUCACCUCGUCGUCGACCACUACGUUCUUACCGUCGUCCACGUCAGGAAUUCCAUUCGGCCAGAGAAUACAGGAAGAUGGCUCACCGGUUUCGGACGGGCAGUACAAGAAACCCAGAAAAGGAACUAGGAGAAGGGUCGUGAACAGGAGCAGAUCGCUACCGGUCUCUACGACACCGAUGAUCCCGAACACCUGGCAGGGAGCCAACGACGUGGGUCCUACACUGGGUACCGACUCCGAUGCUCGAGCAGUUGAACUCCUCAAGUCCCUGUAUUCGAUCGCGUCCAAAUGGUCGUAAUCGGACGUGCAACCAUUGACGGAUUUUCCGUUCUGCUUGUGUCAUAACCAUGUGCAAAUCAAAUUAUUUACGAAUCGUUUUUAUAAUUUUAAUAUCUUAAGUAUUACGUCGUGUAAUCUAAUCGGGAUUAUAAAAGAAAAAAAUGUACGUAGAAGUCUAUUAACGGUCAAUAUUAUUUGAAUUUUCUCCAUGGACACAAAGUGUCUCGAUAGGGCGUUUGCGAAUAUUCAGCACAAUAUAACACAACAAUGUUAUCUCUUGAAUAACAAUACAACUGUAACCGUUUUUAAUACUUGAUAUUUCGUUAAAAUUAACAUUUUUGGAACAAUAUUUUUUAAACAGUAUUAUUUGUUUAUUCCGAUUAAUUAGUCUUACGUUUUUAAGUUACGUAAUGUGUUCAAUCGCAAUCAUUUUUCGUUAUUUAUUAAUAUCCAUCUUUUCAAAACUAAAACUUUAAUUUUUACCGUUAAAUUAGAUAUUUAAAGCCAACCGAAAAUUAAUAUACUGACUAUAAACUUCAAGACGUGUAAAUAAAAUUCGAUCCUGGUAAGGUUUAGAAUUUAUCAUUUUUCUCCUCGCAAACAACGUAACAGUAAUAAUUAUUUAAAGCAUUCUUAGAAAUUUCCAAAAUGAAAAAGAAUGAUCACCACCUGAGAUAGCGUGGAAUCGAUGAACGUUCUGUUCAAAAAAUCAAUAAACCCAAAAUUACUACGCAAAUCCCAAAAUCAUUUACCGUUAAAAUUAAAAGUGUAAUUAUUUUUGCAUUUAUAUUAUCUAUUUAUAUCGUUAGUUAUUGUACACGCACACGUCUAGUUAUAAUCUGUCAUGUCUAUGUGGUAUUAAUGUAUUCUAUUUAGAAGUAAGUUGCCAUCGCCUAGUACAGAAUAUUAUUAAUAAUUAUAAAUGUCUCGGCAAUACGCAUUAUGUAAAUUGACUCUAGUCCUCGGCGAAUUGGUGUGUUACUGUUUUAGAAUUAAGACUUUUUCGUGUCUUGUACACGAAAUUAUAUUAUAUCAUUAAUUUGCUAAUUGUAAUUUGCUCAUAUAUCAAAAUUAGAUUUCUGCUAAGAUUUGAUUUUCAAUUUGAUUAUUAACUACAUUUUUAGCAAGUAGUUUACCAAUGUUAUAUUAUAUUGGAUGGUCCAA